UCGCCCCUGUCUGUUGCUGUAGAUCUGGUCCAACUACGAGGAGAAGCCCGUGGAGGAGGUGGUGCACGUGAAAGAGGCCAAGGAACGAGUGGCCAACUACAAACCCGUCUACGUCACCGAAAUCUGCGACACCCUGCACUUCUACACCCAGGACGUGGAGACAGGGGCCCAGCUGGAGAACCUGAUGGAGACCAUGAGGGCAGAGAUCGCCGCCCAGCCGCCCCUGGAAGGCGCCUACGCGCCGCGCCGAGGGGACAUCUGCAUCGCCACGUUUGCCGACGGCGAAUGGUACAGAGCCAGAGUGGAGAAAGUCGAGUCCCCAGCAAGGGUUCAUGUCUUCUACAUUGACUACGGCAAUAGAGAAGUUGUGCCGUCCACCCGUCUGGCCGCCAUGCCCCCUGCCUUCGGCAUCAGGACCCUGCCGGCACAGGCCACCGAGCACGCCUUCGCCUACAUCCAGGUCCCUCAGGACGAGGACGCUCGCGCCGACGUGGUGGACUGCAUCGUGCGGGACAUCCAGAACAGCCAGUGCCUGAUGAACGUGGAGUACUCGGGGGCCACCUGCCCACACGUCACAAUACAGUUCGGCGACACCAAGGACGACGCCGGCCUCGGCCUGGUCAAGGAAGGCCUGGUCAUGGUGGAGGUCCGCAAGGAGAAGCACCUGCAGAAGAUGGUGACGGAGUACCUGAACAGUCAAGAAUCCGCCAAGAGCGCCCGGCUCAACAUCUGGCGCUACGGAGACUUCCGCGCAGACGACGCCGACGAGUUUGGUUACAGACGUUAAAGAAAAGGAAAACGGGGGGAAAACAACAACAACAACAUAGAAGGAAAAACCCGACCCGAUCAGAACCAUUCCAAAGGGCGGCGCAUCGGACAGAAGGAAAAAAAAACAAACAAAACGACAAGCAUCGACUCAAUCUUCCUCUUUAUUUGAAAUUUCAACCCCCCCCCUCCCCCCCCCCCUCCCCAUUAAAGCAUGCUAGUUGCUAAACGGAUCCCUAAUCAUUGAAGAAUUGUUUUUAUUAUUUUAUUCUUAACGGUCCACUGCCAGCUCAAGCAGCCUGCACUAUUGCCAAUCUGUGUUAUCUGUCAUGUGACCUUUUCAGCGGACUUCCUGUGUGAAUGAGUGAUUAUUCCCUGCCUACUUCUGUAGAGGAAGGGACUGCUCGUGCAGGGGGGGGUGCGAGGGGGGGGGGGGGUGGCGGGGGGGACGCUUGAGGUUUGCAAAUCAAUGCUUCCCUAAUGAAUUUCAUGUAAAUGUGAGCAUAUGUUGAAAAGUGUAAAUGGAUUUAUUUUGGAGAAAUACUGCAGGUGAUGCCACACAGACAAAAAAAAAAGGAGGAGUUUAUUUUUGUCUUCAACGUGUAUCUGUGUGACGGAAGUUGCAGAUGUUUUUUGUCGUUUAUUCACACUUAUGACCAGUAAAGAAUAAAAAAAAAAAAAACCCGAUGCCAUCAUUUGGCACUUCAUCAUCUCUUUCUUCCUCUGUAAAGUUUACGUUCUAAUAAUGGCAGUCUGUCUUUCUGUCUCCGUAUGCCACAGCAGAUCAAUUUGUUUCCACAUAAUGAACCUCUGCAUUCUAUUGAAAAUCU